GAUUCUUUUCCUCUUAUAUUCGUUUGUUCUAUUCAUCAUGUCUACCACUGGAGAUUCUGGCGCUGCGCGCUCGUUCCCCACAAUCAAGCAUGUGAAGACUUUCCUUACACAAGGACCAGGAUCUGGCGGCGACUACCACAAUGUACACGGCGGUCAUUGGCUGAUUGACAGCAAGAUUUCAACGCCAAUGAGCCAGUACGAAACAUACAGAAAGUCGAGAACCAGCUGGGGUAUCAAUGUCUUGGGAUCUUUCUGCGUGGAGCUCGAGGCCUCGGAUGGGACCAAGGGCUUUGCGACUGGCUUUGGAGGCCCGCCUGCAUGCUGGCUUGUAGCAGAGCAUUUCGAGCGUUUUUUGGUCGGUCAAGAUCCAAGAGAUACGAACCAUCUCUUCGAGCAGAUGUACCGUGCUUCUAUGUUCUACGGUCGCAAGGGACUCCCGGUCGCCGUCAUCUCCGUCAUCGAUCUCGCCAUCUGGGAUCUCCUCGGCAAGAUUCGAAAUGAGCCGGUAUACAAGAUGAUUGGUGGAGCAACGCGGGAGCGUCUCAACUUUUACUGCACUGGCCCAGAGCCAGCUGCGGCGAAAGAGAUGGGCUUCUUCGGCGCCAAGGUGCCUCUUCCAUACGGGCCUGGUGAAGGCCAUGAGGGCUUGAAGAAGAAUGUCGAGUUCCUCACCAAGCACCGCGAGAGCGUUGGGCCGGACUUUCCCCUCAUGGUGGAUUGCUACAUGUCACUCAAUGUACCUUAUACCAUUGAGGUCGUUAAAGCCACAGAGCAUCUGAACCUGAAUUGGUGGGAGGAGUGCUUGAGCCCGGAUGAUACCGAUGGCUUCGAGCAGAUCAAGCGAGCGCAUCCCUGCAUGAAGUUCACAACCGGCGAACACGAAUACUCGCGAUAUGGCUUCCGGAAACUCAUCGAGGGCCGCAACCUGGACAUCAUCCAGCCGGACAUUAUGUGGUGUGGAGGACUCACAGAGCUACUGAAGAUUUCCGCGAUGGCGAGCGCGUACGACAUCCCGGUUGUGCCUCACGCUUCGGGCCCAUACAGUUACCACUUCGUCGUUAGCCAGGCCAACUCUCCUUUCCAAGAGUACCUCGCGAACUCGCCUGACGGCAAGUCUGUUCUCCCAGUCUUUGGCAACCUGUUUAUAAACGAACCCAUCCCCACCAAGGGCUACCUCGACGUGUCGCAACUGGACCUGCCGGGCUUUGGACUCGUGCUCAACCCAAAUGCGGGUCUCAUUGACGCCGCAAGAAUUCUCAACCCUGCACCAGCCAAAUCUCUGAAAACAGUCGAAGAGACGCAGUCUGAGCCAGUUCAAAUCAGUGGCACCGAGGCUGUUGUCAAGAGUGACGCUUAGAGGACGUUGUUUGUGUUUUUUGGCGUUAGGGUAUCAUAUUGUCUCGGUCCUCCAUCGCAUCGAGCGAUGUUAUGCAUAGAUGACUUUGGCGUCGAACCCCAGCAAGAAUGCUUUUGACUGCAAAGGUGGGUUAACAGUGGUAUGAAGUUACGAAAUGAUACACGAAAUGAUCUUCACGACCCUGUCGUGUCAUAGGCUUAAAAGAAAGGGCGGAGUCCGACCUUUCUGGUAUAGCGCGGGCGGUGCCUUCGACAACUUUGGAACGCU